UGUACUGAAGAAUGGAUAGAGAACUCGAGAAGGAAAUUGGAAACUGGAAGCAAAUGUAGGGGUAAUUAGACACCUGUGGCUUGUGUGGGUGUCUGCUUGGCGGUGAGGGGGCUUCACACAAGAUUCCUUUCCAUCAUGCCGGCCCCUACCCUGGCUCUGACCACUCUGCUCUCUCUGGCAGGUCAUGAUGAUGGGCAGCGCCCGCGUGGCGGAGCUGCUGCUGCUCCAUGGCGCAGAGCCCAACUGCGCCGACCCCGCCACUCUCACCCGACCCGUGCACGACGCUGCCCGGGAGGGCUUCCUGGACACGCUGGCGGUGCUGCACCGGGCUGGGGCGCGGCUGGACGUACACGAUGCCUGGGGCCGUCUGCCCGUGGACCUGGCUGAGGAGCGGGGCCAUCGCGAUGUCGCACGGUACCUGCGCGCGGCUGCGGGGGGCACCAGAGGCAGUAGCCAUGCCCGCAUAGAUGCCGCGGAAGGUCCCUCAGGCAUCCCCGAUUGAAAGAUCUACCGAGGCUCUGAGACACCUCCGGAAACUUAGAUCAUCAAUCACCGAAGGUCCUACAGGGCUACAACUGCCCCCACCACAACCCACCCCGCUUUCGUAGUUUUAAUUUAGAAAAUAGAGCUUUUAAAAAUGACCUGCCUUUUGAAGUAGAUAUACGCCUUCCCCCACUACCGUAAAUUUCCAUUUGUGUCAUCUUUUAUAUAUUGUUAUAAAAAUGUAAAAAAGAAAAA